AUGGCCCCCGCCCAUAUCCGCCAUCAGUCACGCCUCGGUGCCUGGUAUGCUCGGGUCGCCGCGUUCAAGGUCGAGGACCUCUUUUCGAGGAAGAAGACGCCCGGACCGCGCAGGACUGUCUUCAUCAACGAGAACCUUCCUGACGACUACCACGACUCUCGAGGAAGAGUGAAGAAGGAGCAUAUCUAUACCAAUAACCAGGUUAUUACCUCCAAGUACACUGUCAUCACGUUCCUACCCCGGAAUCUGCUCGAACAGUUCAGACGUGUUGCUAAUGUGUUCUUCCUCGGGAUCGCCAUUCUGCAGUUCUUCCCAAAAUUCUCGACUAUCUCUCCCGGGCUCGUUAUUCUACCCCUUCUUAUCGUUGUCGGAAUUACGGCGCUCAAGGAUGGCUAUGAAGAUAUUAAACGGCAUCAGUCCGAUCGCAGAGUUAAUAAUUCGCUCGUCCGGGUGCUUGGAGGUGGGGAUUGGGUCAACCCGAAUAUCAUGCAGCGGAAGAGCAAAACAUUUGUGCGAGGGGUGAUGAAGACGUAUGGAAGGAGCAUCAAGAAGGUGAAGAAGACAAACCCUGUCGGCGAAGAACUUCAAGGCGUCACAUCUCCGAUGAGCCCUCCCGUCGAGUAUGAUGACGAUGUCGUGGAGGAGCGCCGUCGUAUCUCGGGCAUCUUCACACAUCACCGGCGCUCGUCUUCUCGCCACAAUGCACCAACGGAAGGAGAGCCUGUCAAGGAUGAAAAAAGUGCUGACCGCCCACACUGGAAGAAGAAAGCAUGGGAGGACAUCGCUGUUGGAGACUUCGUCAAAAUUUUGGACAACGAAUCUAUACCAGCGGACAUCCUUGUCUGCGCCACCUCUGAAGACGAGAAUGUCGCUUUUGUGGAGACCAAGAAUCUCGACGGCGAGACGAAUCUGAAGUCACGGAACGCUGUCCCCGCUCUGACCCAUCUACGAACCGCAGGUGCCUGCGCCUCGACGCAUAAUGCCUUCAGGCUGGAGUGUGAUCGACCUGAUACGAACAUGUAUAAGCUCAAUGCUGCGGUCAAGGUCGGGAAGGAGACCUUCCCAGUAGACAUGCAGAUGGUGCUACUACGUGGAACGGUACUAAGGAAUACGAAGUGGGUCGUCGGAGUCGUGAUGUACACUGGUGAGGACACGAGGAUCGUCAUGAACUCCGGUGGGACGCCUAGUAAGAGGAGCAAGGUCGAGAGGCAGAUGAACCCUCAAGUGUUCAUCAACUUGGGUUUGCUAGCGCUCAUGGCUAUGGCUUGUGGCGUGGUCGAUUCUGUGCUUCAACAUCGGGAUUAUCCUACUGGAGCACCUUGGCUGUAUGGUGCCAAUCGGUCGGAUGAUAACCCCACUAUCAAUGGACUGUUCACUUUCUUCUUUGCUCUCAUCACUUUCCAAAAUAUUGUUCCUAUCUCACUGUACAUCUCCAUUGAAUUUGUGCGGACUUGUCAAGCAGCAUUUAUUUAUUUCGACUCGAACAUGGUUUACAAAGGACAGGCUACGUUGGCUCGGAGUUGGAACUUAUCGGAUGAUCUUGGACAAAUCGAAUAUAUCUUCUCCGACAAGACUGGCACAUUGACUCAGAACUCUAUGGUGUUCCGGAAAUGCUCUAUCGGGGGAAAAAUGUACAACGGAGACCCGAUAGACGAAGAAGAGGAAGAGAGCAGCAUACAGAAAGGAGGCAACGUCACGGCGGAGGAGAAAGUCAUCAGCGAGAAGCGAACUACGCACUCUCCUGAUAUACCCCUAGAGGACAUGCGCUCGUCAGGAUCGUCAACAGCUGCGUACCCGCCAAAGCAGGCCGAAGGGGUCAAGAGCACCAGUAACACCAGCACCGGAAGUGAGGGUCAACCAGACUCCAAAAAAGAUCCUAAUGGGCCGACGUCGACAGCAAGUCCACCGAAGGCCAUCCACCACUUCCGUGACGCGGAGCUGACACGCGACCUCCUCGACGCAGUGCACGCCGACCCAGACUCGUCCAACGCUGCCCACGCGCGCCAGCUCAAUGGCUUCUUCUCCGUUCUCGCCUUGUGCCACACCGUGCUGACAAACGUCGACCCGGAGGCUGGUAAAAUCGAGUACAAGGCGCAGAGUCCCGACGAGGCUGCACUCGUGCAGGCAGCGGCCGACAUGGGCUUCGUGUUCAGAGGCAGAGAGAGGGAGACACUCUAUUUGCAGACGCCAUUCGCUGCGCAGGGUGGGAUCGAGGAGGUCGCUGGCGCGGGUGCCGAUCCCGGCUCACCUGCGUCGUCAGCGCAUGCACAGUCAUCGGGCUCCGCGACGGCGGCCGGGCAUUCGACGGUUCCUCGAGCGUUGGCUGCUGGCGUCGAGGAUGGUACGCUCGAGCGAUACGAGCUGCUCAACAUUCUCGAGUUCACGAGUGCAAGAAAGAGGAUGAGCGUCGUUCUGCGGAGGCUCGAUUCUGAGGAUGGACGGUUGUUCUUACUGACGAAAGGCGCGGAUAAUGUGAUUUUCGAGAGGCUGAAGCCCGGCGCUCGCGAGGAGCUGAAGAAGGUCACUGAAAGCCACCUGGAUGAGUAUGCAAGUCAAGGGCUGAGAACGCUAACUCUGGCUUAUAAAGUCAUCAAUGAGGACGAAUAUAACGCCUGGAGCGAGCGAUACCAUGAGGCCACUGUCGCGAUGGACGACCGUGAUGCGAAGAUCGAGGCCGUCUCUGAUGAGCUGGAGCAGGACUUGCGGUUGCUCGGUGCUACAGCCAUCGAAGAUCGUCUGCAAGAUGGUGUACCGGAGACUAUCGCGGAUUUGAAGAGAGCCGGCAUCAAGGUGUGGGUUGCCACUGGCGAUAAACUGGAAACUGCCAUCGCCAUUGGACACAGCACAAACCUUAUCAGCCCGGAUUCCAACAUCAUCGUCAUACGUGGAGGUAGCUCUGGAAGACCAGUUUACGACCAGAUCCUGCAUGCCAUCCAAGAAUUCUUCCCAGACAGCGGCAUCCUCGACGAGCAUGGCCAAUUGACUACCUCUGCCUACGCCAAACCAGAACUCAUCGAGGGCGGCCAGCGGGCAGCAUCUCCUUCGCCAGGAGGUGGCCCUCUGCGUCGCACAGACACAGGCAUCUCAUCCAUCGUUGGUUCAAACAACGGCGACCGUCCAGGUGGCUUUGUCCUUGUCAUCGACGGGACAGCACUGGGUGUGGCCCUCUCGGACGAGUUGCAUAAAGAUGCACUACUGAGACUUGCGAUGGUCUGUGAGGGUGUUAUAUGCUGUCGUGUGUCGCCUUUGCAGAAGGCCCUGGUUGUCAAGCUUGUGAAGGACGGAUUAGGAACUAUGACGUUGGCCAUUGGUGACGGCGCCAACGAUGUCAGCAUGAUCCAGGCUGCGGAUGUGGGUGUAGGUAUCUCGGGUGAAGAGGGUCUGCAAGCCGUCAACUCGUCGGAUUAUGCUAUUGCUCAGUUCCGCUUCCUGAAACGGUUGCUUUUGGUUCACGGCCACUGGUCCUAUGCACGCAACGGAACGAUGAUUCUCAACUUCUUCUACAAGAACAUCGUUUGUAUCGGCGUGCUAUGGUGGUUCCAGAUUUACUGUGCUUGGAGUUCGAAUUACGUAUUCGAGUACACUUACCUGUUGUUUUGGAACUCCUUCUGGACAAUUGCGCCAGUUAUUGGCAUUGGUGUCUUCGACAGGUUUGCGGAUUCGCAUGUUCUGAUGGACGUUCCUGAACUGUACUGGUAUGGCCGUGAGGGCAAAUGGUUUGGCACAGGUCAAUUCAUCCUUUAUAUGUUCGAUGGUGUCCUUCAAUCUGCCAUCAUCUAUUUCCUUAUUCUGUACACCUAUGUGACCGUUUCAUCGCGAUCUGACGGCUGGCAAGUGAACCAGUAUGAAUUUGCGACGACUAUGGUUUUCGCCGCUGUCCUCACUGCUAACACCUUCAACGGUCUUAACACAAGCGCAUGGACAGGCUGGGUGUUCUUUGCUGUCUUCAUUGGAGACGUACUUGUCUAUGUUUACACUGCCGUCUACAACUCUAUCUCUCCUGGAUGGUUCGUUACUCCAGUAUGGGGCAACAACGUCUUCCUGUUUGAAUCCGCAUACUAUUGGCUCUGUCUUCCUCUUACCAUCUGUCUCGCACUUCUACCUCACUACCUCCUCAAGGCUUGGCGAUUCGGCUUUUAUCCGGAUGACAUCGACACCCUGCGGUACAUUCGCAAAAUGGACCCCAGUAGAGACCUUGCCCAUGACACACAAACUUGCAACCCAUUGGGCGCUCUCAAGCGCCCCAGACCAGCUUCGAUGAUCUCACAUAACCGAACAGAGAGCGUGGCAUCGCUACCACGUCCUUCAAUGGACUUCAGAUCUGCAAGCAGGACGGACAUGUCAACUGGAAUUCGAUCCGUCCAUCGUGGGUUCGAUUUCUCAGCGGAGGAGAAUGGGGUCGCCAUGCAGCGGAUGCAGAGCCGUCUGUCAGAACGGCGACAAAGUAGUCGAAAUCUUGCACAACCACAACCCAGAAGAAGAGGAACUGUCAGCCAAGUACUAUCUGUACCACGGAAUUUCCUGCGGAAAAAGGCGUCAAACGCGAAGGAUCUAGAACAAUAA